GUGCUUUUUUCUCUCCCACAAAAACCUUUAAGGGCCAGUCUCGUUCAGACUCAGAGCAGUGCUUCUCCGGCAGGCUUUGGUGCUGGUCGGCCCAGCUGGGCUCCAGGACGGGACACGCAGCGACACGGUUAGAGAGACUGUUUCCAGUGAAGAAGACGAGAACCACGAGCUGCUGCUAUGAACCCUCCUGGGAACACUUAAUCUUCAGAUGCCGGCUGAGAGAAUGGGUGCUGAGCUGAAGUAAAAAUGGCGUCGGACAGAAUGGCGACUCCUCAGAGCAGCUCCAGACAGAGCAGCUCGCUCUCUUCAUCUCCCAUGAGUACCCGCAUGCAGUCUCUCCAGGUGGACUCGGUCCAGCGAUGGAUGGAGGACCUCCGCCACAUGACCGAGGUGGAGUGCAUGUGCGUCCUCCAGGCCAAGCCCAUCGGGGUGGAGGAGGACUCCCAGCAGGGAGAGCUGAUCGUGGCGUCUGGGGUUGGUGCAGGCGAACACGUGGCAAGGAACAACCUGCAGACUCUACUCAGGCGAGCGUUAGUGGUCAGCACGGAGCUGGGAAAGAUGUUCCAGCGGCUGGAGAAAGGCCGCUGGCAGAGGGUCCACAGCACCGCCGUGAGGGCCAACUGUCACGUGCGCUCUCUGGUGCACGAGUACAGCGCGGCCCGGAGUACACCGCCUGAGAUGCAGAAGUAUGAGAAAUCUCUGCUGGAAAAAUGCAUGGAGCUGACCAACAUCACAGAAAGGUGUCUCCAUACUGAUGAUGAGUUCUUCCUGAAGUCCAUGAGAGAGGCCAUCCACGAGAUCCUGACAGACGUCAGUGAUUCCUUCAGCAACAUGAUCGACAUGGCUUUGGCCAAUGAGAUCCGGGUCUUGAUCAAACAGAUCGAAUCUUCAGACAAUGUUCACACCAUCGGCAGUGCCAUCAGCAACCUGCUGUCUCUCACUCAGGACGGACCUCAGCUCUGCAGCAUCAUUGCCAAGGAAGGAGCUGUAGUCGCCCUGUUUAAGAUCUGCAGACAGGACCGCUUCAAAGAGCUUUACGCUCACGCUCUGAGGACUGUGGCGUCCAUCUGCUGCGUGGAGGAGGGCAUCAACCAGCUGGACAAGGUUGAUGGGAUCCUGUGUCUGGCAGACAUCCUGACCGAUGAGGGCAGCGUGGAAGCAGCGAGGGCCGAGGCAGCGGCAGUCGUGGCUCAGAUCACUUCUCCUCACCACACGUCCACUCAGCAUCUCGCCAGCUUCCUGGAGAGCAUGCAUGACAUCGUCACCGCACUUAUCAAGUUGUGCGAGAGCGCCUCCUGUGGUGAAGUUUUCCUCCUGGCGUCUGCAGCCUUGGCAAACAUCACCUUCUUCGACAGCAUGGCCUGUGAGAUUCUGCUACAGCUCAACGCCAUCAAGAUCCUCCUGCAGGCCUGCAGAGACCGCCAGAGAGUCGACACGCCAUACUCCAAAGACCAGGUGGUGACGAUCCUGGCGAACCUGUCUGUCUUAGAGCAGUGUGCCUCUGAAGUCCUGCAAGAACAAGGAAUCGAGCGCCUGCUGCUGCUGCUUGGAGAAAAGCCGUCUUCUCCCAGCCCAUCAGAGGGCGCCGCCUGCGAGCGAGUUCAGCAGAAAGCAGCCGUCACUUUGGCCCGUCUGAGCAGAGACGCGGAUGUGGCCCAAACAGCCAUCCAGCUGAAAGCUGUUCCUCGUCUUAUUGAACUGUGCCGCUCCCCUACUGAGAGGAAUAACAGCGACUCGGUGCUGGUCGCUUGCCUGGCUGCCCUGAGGAGGCUGGCAGCAGGGUGUCCAGACAGCAUCGAGGCAGCCGACCACCAGCAGCUGAUCAAACCGCGGCUAGUCGACUCUUUCCUGCUGUGCUCCAACAUGGAGGAGAGCUUUGUAUGACGGCCUGAGCACACAGUACCGACAGAGGAGGGCUGAGCUCGUGUACAGGAGAGGACUGAUGAACUCUGGAAUGUUGCAUCCAUUUCCUGACUGGAACGUCGUAGCCGUUUUUGGACUUUUGGGCAAAUGUUUUUAAAAUGCAUCAUGGUUUUAGGGUGACUUAAUAUGUAUGUUUACAUAAAUCUACAGCCGCAGAUGAAACAAAGGGUACUGAAUGUGUUUGCUGUUCUAGAAAGUUGGUCAUAGGUUUGUACAUUCAAACAAAGAUUCAAAAUAUCAGUGAUUUUUUUUGUACAAUUAGGUGCUACUUUUAAAAAUGAAAGUUUAACCUUCUUUGAAUUGAAACACUUUAUAUGCUUCCACUGUGCAAUUAUUUUGUUCUUGUCUGAAUAUGCAGCAUCAAAAGCGUUUUGUGGUUGUGGGAACAGAGGCGGCUCCUUCACACGAGUGGAUUAUACAACAAGAUGUCCCUGACACCGACGUUCAUCUGAGGCAUUCAGAAUUCAAAUGCCAAGAUGUUUGUCUGGGAACAUUUUUCCUUAACUCUCUUCAUUGUUGCUCCAUUCAAAAGAAUUAUUUCUGAUGUUUUUCCUGAGAGAGCAGACGCUUUGUUUGAACAACAUUUACAAAUGAAAUAUCAAAGUUGAAUCAGCCAUGUCUGUUAGAAGAGGAUCUUACCUAAAUGACAGCACAAAGAGUACUUAAAUUUUUGAGUAAUGAUUGAAUUAUAAAGAGAUGUGGCCGUCCUUGUGUGCUGUUAUUGUUUAUUGUAAGGGAUGACAACUUUUCCUUCAUGCCAUUCGUGUCAAUCAUCAUUGUAGCCACUGGAGAAUGAAACUAUUGAAUUAAACUGAAUAUAGAACUCAUUUUUAUUUAAGAGAUUUACCAUUAUUGUAUGCCAUGCAUGGAAUAAAGGCAAUUGUAUCUCACAUGCAGCGUGUAGGCUGAAGUUUUAUUAUUUGACCUCGGU